GCACCAACAAACAAAACUGGGAUUUGUUUAGUUCCAUUAUGUUUAUUCAGCUAAUGCAAGUUUAUUACAGUAUCGUGUACUGAAAACAAAAUCAUUCCAUUGCUGUCACAGCUCAGAGGGAAUCGAGUGAAAUUAGAUCAACUGCUAAAAUGUACAUCAACUACUCAAUGCAUCUUGUUAAAAAUAAUACACUUAAUACAAUGUUAUAAAAAAAUAAAAGCACUUGACAACCCUGUAAACACACCGUCUCUUCUCGGCCAUGGCUUCCAACAUUAUUUAUGGCACCGGCAGAUGACGCAGACAGAGUAUCUGAUGACAACAGCUUCAGCUUUCCUCUUACUUCACAGCUGGCAGAAACUGAAAGUCUCCCUCAUCUUCAGCUGCAAUCAAACGCAAACGCACAUCAUGUCUCUCUCACCUAAAAUAAAUAUUAGGCCGUCUGUGUUGUUUGCCACACGCACGCACACACACGUAACACCCUGUAAAUAAAUAACAAAGAGGUCAGGCCGAAUUCUGAUGUAUGUCAUGGUCGUGUCCGUAAGUGGUCAAAGCUGACGCCCUCUGUCUGCAGUUCAUGUCUGAGCCCUGGCCAGUGCAGCUCUGCGUCAUGCUACAGUGCUUCAAACGUCUUCAGCAGCAGCCGGCCUGUCGAAGGACUCUCAGUGCACUUGGCAGUCUUUAUGGAGCGAGAAAGCCAUACAAUACAGUGAUAGAUGUCACGUGGGGUGACAUACACAGGGCAGGUGUGAAGCCUCUGUCAUUUGUGCGACAGGUUCUCGCAGCAUGUCUUGACCCCACGCUUUUGAACAGUGAUAAACUGCCAGCGGACGCCAGGCAGAGAGCUCAGAGGCUGCUUGGAGGAUGUGUUGGAGGGAGUGUAGGUUCAUAUACUGCUACAGCGGGCAUAUCAGAAAUAGUCCACAGAAUCUCUGAGUUCAUAACAAGAAGAGAUGGUGGGGUUCCAUCCCACCCUGAAAACAUAUACAUCAGCCCAGGCUCACAGUGGGCGCUCACGAACAUUCUCAAAAUCUUGGUGAACAGCAAGAGUGCACCCCAAACAGCUGUACUGACUCCACUGCCAUGCCACAGCACUACCACUCUGUCCAUAACUAGUCUGGGAGCAGUUGCCAUUCCCUACAACCUCAGUGAGGAGCAAGGCUGGGCGCUGCAGAUGGAGGAGCUGCAUCGAGCGCUGGAAUUUGCAAAGGGAGUCUAUAACCCCGUCGCUCUGUAUGUCAUUAACCCUGGAAAUCCCUCAGGUCAUGUUCAAAGCAGAAAAUCAAUGCAAGAUGUGAUCCGGUUUGUCUCGGAGAAGAGGCUCUUCCUUCUGGCCGAUGAGGUCUAUCAGGACUUUGUUUAUGGGGAGCAUGAGUUUGUUUCUUAUAAGAGGGUUCUGGCAGAGAUGGGUCCCCCUUUUGCAGACACAGUGGAGCUGGCGUCCUUCCACUCAGUAUCCAAAGGCUUCACGGGCGAGGGUGGUCUGCGUUGUGGAUAUGUGGAGCUGGUAAAUGUGGACCCCGCUGUCAUGAAAUACAUCUACAAAAUGUUCUCGAUGGACACCUGUGCACCUGUGUUGGGUCAGUUCGCCCUGGAUCUGAUGCUAAACCCUCCACAACCAGGAGAUCCCUCAUAUCCACUUUAUAAUGUGGAGACACGAAACAUCAAGACUGCGGUGGCUAAUAAUGUGAAGAGAGCUUGCGAGGUUGUAAACGGUCUGCCAGGUUUCUGCUGCCAACCAGUGCAAGGAGGAGCAUUUGCAUUCCCGAGACUGUAUCUGCCACCUAAAGCCAUUCAGAAAGCCAAGGAGAUGGGAAUGCAACCAGAUACGUUCUACUGUCUCAGACUACUAGAGGAGACUGGUGUGUUUGCCAGUCCUGGUUGUGAGUACGGACUGAAGGAGGGCACCUAUAACGUCAGAUUUUGCAUCCUCACCCCUGAGGAUACGAUGGAGGAAUUACUGGGUCGCCUGACAAGCUUCCACACACAGUUUAUGAAGGAUUUUUCUUAAAAACUUAUUUUCUUCAUCUUUCUGCAGUUCAAUAAUUCAUUUGAAACAACAAAAAGGACCCAAACAAUUUCCUCAUGUUGGCAUUUGAACAUUUAUUGCAAUAAAUACAACUUUAUGUACUGCAUACAA